GCCGCGCUGCACAGCCGCCAGCACGACAUUGAACAGGAGGACCCCCGGGGGCGCACUCCCCUGGAGCUGGCUGUGUCCCUGGGGAACCUGGAGUCCGUCAGAGUCCUCCUUCGACACAAUGCCAAUGUGGGCAAAGAGAGCUGCCAGGGCUGGGCAGUCCUGCAGGAGGCAGUCAGCACUGGGGACCCCGAGAUGGUACAGCUGGUGCUCCAGUAUCGGGACUACCAGAGGGCCACACAGAGACUGGCUGGCAUUCCGGAAUUGCUCAACAAACUCCGCCAGGCCCCCGAUUUCUACGUGGAGAUGAAGUGGGAGUUCACCAGCUGGGUGCCCCUUGUGUCCAAGAUGUGCCCGAGUGACGUGUACCGAGUGUGGAAGCGGGGGGAGAGCCUGCGGGUGGACACCAGUCUUCUGGGCUUCGAGCACAUGACCUGGCAGCGUGGCAGGAGGAGCUUUAUCUUCAAGGGCCAGGAGGCAGGAGCCUUGGUGAUGGAAGUGGACCACGACCGGCAGGUGGUGCACACCGAGACGCUGGGGCUCGCCCUGCAGGAGCCGGAAGUGCUGCUGGCCGCCAUGCGGCCCAGUGAAGAGCAUGUGGCCAGUCGGCUCACCUCUCCUAUCGUCUCCACCCACUUGGACACGCGCAAUGUGGCCUUCGAGAGGAACAAAUGUGGUAUCUGGGGCUGGCGGUCUGAGAAGAUGGAAACCGUUAGCGGCUACGAGGCCAAGGUAUACAGUGCCACCAAUGUGGAGCUGGUGACACGCACUCGCACGGAGCACCUCUCUGAUCAGGACAAGUCGAGGAGCAAAGGAGGGAAGACUCCAUUCCAGUCCUUCCUCGGGAUGGCCCAGCAGCACUCCUCCCACAGCGGGGCUCCUGUGCAGCAGGCCGCCAGCCCCACCAACCCCACAGCCAUUUCCCCCAGUGAAUACUUCGAUCCCAACUUCAGCCUGGAGUCGAGGAACAUUGGCCGCCCCAUUGAGAUGUCCAGCAAAGUACAGAGGUUCAAGGCCACGCUCUGGCUGAGUGAGGAGCACCCACUCUCCCUGGGUGACCAGGUGACGCCCAUCAUUGACCUGAUGGCUAUCAGCAAUGCUCACUUUGCCAAGCUGCGUGACUUCAUCACCCUGCGCCUUCCCCCCGGCUUCCCAGUCAAGAUUGAGAUUCCCCUUUUCCACGUGCUCAAUGCCCGCAUCACCUUCAGCAACCUGUGUGGCUGUGACGAGCCCCUGAGCUCAGUGUGGGUGCCGGCCCCCGGCCCUGGCGGCCCAGCCUCAGGGAGCCCUUUCCCGUGUGAGGUGGACCCCGCCGUGUUUGAGGUGCCCGAGGGGUACAGCGUGCUGGGCACAGAGCGCAGCGAGCCCCUUCGCGACGAGGAUGACGACCUGCUCCAGUUUGCCAUCCGGCAGAGCCUGCUGGAGGCGGGCACGGAGGCCGAGCAGGUGACAGUCUGGGAAGCCCUGACCAACACCCGGCCUGGUGCCCACCCUCUUCCCCAGGCCACCGCUUAUGAGGAGCAGCUUCAGCUGGAGCGGGUCCUCCAAGAAAGCCUCCGGAUGUCCACAGAGCCCAACGGCCCAGAAUCCCCUCACGGGACCCCCCCGGCCCCAGCCCCCCCAAGCUUUGAGGAGCAGCUUCGCCUGGCCCUGGAGUUGUCUUCGAGGGAGCACGAGGAGCAGGAACGACGGGGGCAGCAGGAGGAGGAGGACUUGCAGAGGAUCCUGCAGCUCUCGCUCACAGAGCACUGAGCACCCGGCCCCUGGGAGGGCUGUCUGGGCUGCUGCCCCACCUGCUUUUGUAACUUAUUUAUUUAUAAACUCUCUGCUGCUAAGCUUGGGGCCUGGAGCCCUGGAGGUGGACUUGCGUUGGAGACCUAGGUGGAAAUAAAGAGACUUUGAGCAGCA